GUCUGUGACCCGUGCGGCGGCUCCUCUCCAAACCCCGCUGGGUUCAGCACGUGUUGCCGACCGGGCUGCUCGGCAGCUGUGUCCCCUGGGCAGGAGGUGGGUCGCUCCCCGCCGGGCAGCCUUGUGGUGACCCCACUGUGAAGCAGUCCCUGGUGCCUGAAGAGCAAGGAGAUGGAGCCCGCUUCCUCAGGAACUCCCGCUGAGCAGGUCUUGGGAUGCGCUGGCAAGCGCAGACCCCCGCUCCGGACACUUUCUGUACUUUGUCCCUCUGAUAGGGACGCCGCCAGUCCCCACCGGGGCUGUCCAGGUCCCACCGGCACAUAGCUCUGGAGCAGGCAUGCAGGCACCCCGCGGCUCCGCACAGCCGCUCCCGUGGGCAGCAUCCAGGGGCCCCGCGGCACCACGAUCCCGUUCGUCCUGAUUCCUGGGGAGGGAGGUGCAGAGGCCUGAGUGGCUGCUGUCAGGAUCAGCCGGGUGGUUUUCCAGCCUGGUGUGUCUGUCAAGUGCGCUCCUUGGCCGAGGGCUGAGGAUGAAUCCCAGGCGCACGUGCCGUUUGCGAGGCAGGACGCGCGUCAUGACAGUCACCGGGUUAAUGGCUGGCAUCCCGCUCCACCUGCCAGUGUGCCGCCGGCACCCACGGCCGUGCCCUGCUCGCUGGGCUCUGCUCCACAGCCACCGGCAAACCCAGGGCUCUGGGGGGCCAGCCAGGUGCCGGGGUGCCCGCUCUCCCGGUGGCAUGGAGACAUGGUCCCGGCGCAGCGCUGCCUUCGACUGCGUGCCCCAGCCGGCAGCCUGCUGCCCUGACUGGAUGGCGGAGCUCCCCGACGCCCUGCCCCUCUCCCGCCUCUCCAUCCCUGGCACCCACGAUUCCCUCAGCCUGUUCGGUGGCCGGCGCCUGCGGUGCCAGAGCUGGGGCCUGGAGGCCCAGCUGGCGGCCGGCGUCCGCUUCCUGGAUGUGCGCUGCAAGCUGUCGCGGGGCGAGCUCCGCAUCUACCACCUGUGCACCUUCCAGCGGGCCAGCCUGCGCGGCGUCCUGCGCCGCACCCUGCGCUUCCUCCGCGCCCACCCCGGCGAGGCCGUGCUUAUGCGCAUCAAGGAGGAGCUGCCCAUCUGCUCCCGGCCCGGCUUCGCCGCCCAGCUGCACCGCUGCCUGCUGGAAGAGGGACAGGGCUGCGUGUGGUGCCGGGAGGAGGUGCCAACGCUGGGCCAGGUGCGCGGCAAGAUAGUGGUGCUGGAGGCGCUGGCGCGGGAGGUGCUGGGCAUCCCCUACGAGCAGCUGAGCAUCAGCGACGCCUGGAACGUGCUCUCGCUGGAGCGCAAGUGGGCCCGGGUGCGGCUGCACCUGGAGAAGGCGGCCGGCGGAGACCCCAGCACCAUGUACCUCACCUUCUGCUCCGGCAAUGGGCUCUUCACCUGCCCAGAGGAGGUGGCCCGCUUUGUGAAUCCCCGCUGCUGCCAGCACCUGCGGCGCCGGGGCGGGCAGCCCGUGCGCUGGGGGGUGGUCAUCAUGGACUUCCCCGGAGCAGGCCUUCUCCGGCUCAUCGUGGAGAGCAACGGCCCGCGGGCCAGUGGACACGGCACGGCGGCCGCCGGCACCGCCACGGGACCCUCCCGGCGCCGCCGCGGCACACAGGACAGACGCGGCACACAGGACAGAGGCGGCACACUGGACAGAGGCGGCACACAGAACAGUCCUUCUCCUUAA